GAAUACCUAUUAUCACAUUCCAUGGAGUUCCGCAUGAGCUAGAGGCUAGUUUAAGAGGCUCGAAAGCGUCAUCUAAUUACUCGAAAAAGCUGAGCCGGAAAUAAUCUUUUCUCACAUCAGAUCAAAAAUAUCUCUCAAAACUAUACCGAAUCACAGUGCAAUAGUCGUGAUGAAUAGCGAUAGUUUGGUAACUCGAAUGUAUUAUAUCGAACUGUGCAAUCGCUGUCACCUGUCACAGGCCUUUCAGACGCAGUGUUUUGGAGAUGGAGUAGGACAAGGAGAGUGGUUGUGGAAUAGUGUUUACUUUGUGUAUUUUGUUUGUUUGUUGUGACUAGUGUUAGUGCCAAACACACAUAAAAGAUGGGGAAAGGAUUUAAUAAUUACAUGUGUAAAAAGUUUUUCCAUCCUGCCUCUCGAGAUAACUUAAAGAGAGUAUGGAUGGCCGAACAGAAAGCCGAUUCUUAUAAGAAAAAGCAAGAAGAACUUAGAGUACAAUAUGAAAAGGAGCAAGAUUUGUACACCAACAAGGCGUUGCUGAGCAAGGAGAGCAAGGACAAACUUAGUGUCAAUUUUAUGUAUGAACCACCUCCAGGAACUAAAAAAGAACGUGAAAGAGAAGACGAUGAGCCAGAGUAUAAAUUUGAAUGGCAGAGGAAAUUCAAUGCCCCAAGAGAGGACUACUGUAAAGGUGAUUCAGAAAUUCGGGACCAACCAUUUGGUAUACAAGUGCGUAAUGUUCGCUGCAUUAAAUGUCACAAGUGGGGACACAUUAACACAGAUAAGGAAUGUCCUAUGUAUAAUCAGUCAUCAAGUGCUGAAAACACAGCUUCUUCUCUUGAUACACAUUUGUUGCUACAGCAGAUGAGGGAGGAUGGACUUGCAAUGAAAAAGAGUGCACUUUCUCUCCAGCAGCAGACGUCGCAGAGGUCAGUGAAAGUGGAGUCAGAUGAUGAGAAGCUGAAGACAUCAGAUAUUGAGAUGCUGAAAUCCCUGUCAAAAAAGCAGAAGAAAAAGCUUUUGAGAGCUUUACUUAAAUUGGAAAAAAUGGAAAAUGGACAUUCAAAGGAAAAGAGGAAGAAGCACAAAAGCCAUUCAAAACAAAAGAAAGAGGAUAAUACAGACAGUUCUAAUUCAGAUGGAGAACAAAAGCAUAAGAACAAGAAAAAGAAAUCAAAGAAAACAUCAAGCAAGAAACAUAACGAUAAAGACAAGAAGAAACAGAAGAAAAAGCAGCACAACCAUAACGAACAAUCGUCAUCUUCUACCUCAAGCUCAAGCAGUAGUAGUGAAGACAGUAGUAGUGAAAGUGAAGCAGAAGAAAACUCAAAAGGAAAAUCAAAGUCAAAACAUUAUCAUGAAAACAGAAAAUCUGAAGAUAAAAGACACCCAACCUACAAUGAUGAACAGUCUGACUCAAAAUCAAGAAAGAGAAGAUCAAUAGAAAACCACGAGGGAUCUUCAGAGAAGAGGCAGCGUAGAUCUUGAUUUCAUGCCAUGGUCAAAGAGCAUUGGCAACAGUUUUCAUCACGGAUCACUUUGUUUCAAUAGACAAUCAUUUAUAAAAUUUUCUGGAUUUAUUUGGAAUAAGAAAUAUCAUUUGAGAGAUAGUUGUUGGAGAAUAGUUGUGUAUUAAUUCCACACAUCAUUGUUAUAUUAAUUGUUUUAAGCGAUACUUCGUGACAGCCCUUCCAUCAUACUUUGUGACAGCCCUUCCAUCAUACUUUGUGACAGCCCUUACAUCUGUGAAACUGAAGCAGCCACACUUUGUGCAAACUCAGAUUUGUGUUUAAUUAGAGAAUUAUGCUAGUGCUGUGUUAUAUAUAAAGGUUUCUUUCAUUCACAGAGUAAAAUGUAGAAAAGGAGCUAAUGAAAUAAAAUUGAUGAUGAUUUGUAUCGGUGGUUAAUAAAUUAGUAACCAUGUGAUCACCCUCAAAAUAAUUUAUGUUUUUAGACGGUAAAAUAAUUGCAUUCUUAGACUAGCUAUAGUAAAAAAAUAAUGUGAAUUUUUUAAUUUAUGCAAUGAAUAUUUUACUAUAGUAGUCAGUCUUCCAUUACAUACUGAGAAUAAGUGUAUGAACAAUGCAAGUACAAAACAAAGUAAUUUUUUGGAUUUUGCAGGUAGUGCCCCACAGCUCAUAAAAAUUUAAAGAAAUUUAUUUUUAUGUAUCAGUGUGAACAACUAAUAAACAAGCCUGUAUUUUGCUACUAGA